UUAUUUUGAAACCGGAAGUUGUGUGCGUCAUCGCGGUGCUUUGACGACUUGUUGAGCAGAAAGGAGCGAGACAGGCUGGAGGGACGGACCAGGAAGACACAAGACAAGGAAUCGGCUUUAAACGGGACACAAAGCAGAGAAGAAGAAGAAGAAGACAACAACAACAACAACAACAAGUGAAGAAGAAGUAAACAGCCGCGGAGUCUAACUGACUGAGUUUAGUUUCUCUUCUUCUGCUGCAGCUGCCAAUCAAACAGGAUCCAAACCCAGCGAGGUGUGUUCAGGCCACGCCCCUUCGGUUGAACACUCAGGUGUGUUUCUGAACAGAAGGAUGGAUGGAAGCGGCUCGGCAGGAAAUCCCAGCGCUGCCUCGUCUCGCUCGCUUCCUGCCCACGCUGACGAGGCGACGCUUCAACCAGCUGAUUGGAUCUCAGCCUCUGAGGAGGACGGCGGGCAGAGCAGAGAGUCAGUCAAUCUGCCCCGGAGUCCUGCAAAGACCCAGCAGACUGCAGCGAAACCAGACCAGCUGGAUCUCACCCAACACACAAACCACGAGGAUCCUCCAACAGAAAAACAUAAACCAGAAUAUUCUCCAACCAAACCAGAUCAACUAAAACCAAAACCUCUUGCUACAGACGAACAAAAACUGGGAAAUUCUCCUCCGACAGAAAAACAGAAAAAAGAUUCUUCUCAGAAAGAUCAACUAAAACCAGAAGAUCGGACUGAACCAAAGACUGAACCAAAUGCAGGACAACCAAAGCCAGAAAAAACUUCUCCUGCUAAACCAAAUCAAACAAAACUAGAUCCUCUUCCUACAGAGCAACAAAAACUGGGAGCUUCACCUCCGACAGAUAAAAAGAAAACAAAAGAUUCUCCUUCUCCAAAACAUCAACCUAAACCAGAUCGACCUCCUCCAACCAAACCACAGCCUCCUCGUACAGUUCAAAAGAAACCAGGAGGAGAACAUGAACAAAAACCAGACGACUCUCAGGAACACCAUACCCAGGAAGAUCUUUGUCUUACAAACCAGAAAACUGAAGAGGACCCUCCUCCUCCUCCCUUAAAGGAUUUAACAGAGUUCCACGUCUCUGAGUCCAAAGACCAGCAGAACCACCAGGAUCCACCUCCAGAGAAACUCACUUCAACCACACCUGAGAGGCAUCAAGACCACCAAGAUCCUCCUCCUCCUCACCUGAACACCCAGAAGGCUCCUCCUCCUCCUCGUCUGAAAACCCAGAAGGCUCCUCCUCCUCCUGCAGACCGGCAGAACCACCUGUCUUCUCUUCAGGUUCUGCCUCCGAUAGUUCAUCCGACUGAAGCGUCGACCCUGGCUCCGCCGGUCCAGGCUCCGCCCCUCACCAUCGAGGGGUUCUGUGACCAGGUGCAGCCCCGCCCUCCGGUUUCUCCGUCAGGUGAGCCCAAACUGUGUGGCUUCCUGCAGAAGCAGGGGGGGCCCCUGAGGGCCUGGAAGCAGCGAUGGUUCACCUACGAGGAGAAGAAGAACCAGCUGUUCUACUACCGCACGCCGCAGGAUGUGACACCACUCGGCCGGGUGGAGCUCUGCAGCGCCACGUUCACCUACCCGCUGAAGGCUGAGAGCGGCACCUUCCACAUCAAGACACCUGAACGCACCUUCAUACUCAAGGCUGUGACCCAGGAGCUGAUGCUCUAUUGGCUGCAGCAGCUGCAGGUCAAACGCUGGCAGCACAGACAGACGUCCACCUGUCCAGACCCGACAAACAACAACAACACUGCAGACGACUUCCUGCCGGUGUUGAAGAGUCCACUGGGUCUGGUGGGGGAGGCGGCGGCCAACGUACCGUCACAACGAACGCAGCUCGCCAACAUGUCAAUCAAACACCCGCUCAUCGAGAUCCAAAACUCAGUCCACAGUCUUCGGAAGAGGUCGUCUCAGGAGUGCAGUCAGAGCGUGUUUCAUGUAGAAGCUCCUCCGUGGAUUCCCCCGAACUCUCCAAACAACACUGCAGGUCCAACACACAAAGACCCUCCAGCCCCCAGGACUCCCACUGAGCCUCCGACCCCGCCCUCUCCCUUCUCAUUGGCUGAUCCAGCAGGUCAGGUGUCCCCGGCGGAGGGCAGGGAGUCACCUUCGUUGUUCGACAGCUGGAGCAGGAAGGCGAAGAAUCGUAGCUCGUCCACCCUGCCGGUCCUCCGCAGAGACACUCUGUCCUCAGACCGGAUGACUCGCCUCCAGCAGGAGAAACAGAUUCUGAUGGAGGAGGUCAAAGCUCAGAAGGAGCUGGUGUGGAUUCUCCACAAAUCCUUGGAGGCGUCUCAGCUGGAGAAGCGAAGCUGUGCAGAGUUUUUGGCGGAGGAAGGCGAGCAGGAGCGUCUGGAGCUGCUGCGACACCGCGAGCGGCAAGCGGCCGACCUGCGAGGCCAGCUGGAGGAGGCGAAGACGGAGGUGGAGGCGAAGAGGAGGAGUCUGGCUCAGAGAGACGCACAGCUGGCCGAGCUGCAGGAGAACAUCAGGAUACUGAUGGAGAAAAACAACGCCAAGCAGGAGGUGAUCAUGAAGCUGUCUGAUCAGGUGACCGCCUGUAUGUCCGACCCGCGCCGACCCGUCUCGUCCUCCGGCGGCAGUUUGGACUCUCAGACCUUCAGACAGCUUCAGCAGGAGGUCGAGAACCUGAAGGACGAUAUCGAGGCGUAUAAGACUCAGAACAAGUUUCUGAACUCUGAGAUCUACCAGCUGACCAACCUGUGGAGGAACAGCUCUGAGCAGGAGAAGAGUCUGAUGGUGAAGUGUGCCUACCUGGAGGCCAGCAACUGUCAGGUGGAGAGCCGUUACCUGGGCGUCCUGCGGACGCUGCAGGAGACCAAGACUCUGGAUCCGGUCCAGCGGGUGGCCGUCCAGAAGAUGAUCGAGGACGCUCUGAAAGGAGAGCUGAAGAGCGUCAUCAAGCUCAACACGGCCAGGGAUCACGAUGAGUACGGCUUUAAAAUCAUCCCGGACUACGAGGUGGAGGACAUGAAGCUGCUGGCAAAGAUUCAGGCGCUGGAGAUCCGCUCACACAACCUGCUGCAGCAGGAGGGUGCAGAGCGCCCCCUGUUGAGUCGCUGGGCUCAGUACCUCGCCGGGAGGUUGGACGGUGACCUCUGCCCGUCACCGGAGCUCAAAGGUCUGCUGCGAGGAGGCGUCCCUCGGGAGUACCGACAGCGGGUGUGGCACUGGGUGGUCCGAGCCAGAACCAGGACGAUCAGAGAGCAUCACCCACAGCGCUACCAGCAGCUGUGUGAGAAGAGUCGGACGUCUCCUCAUCCGGCCUCCAGACAGAUCCAGCUGGACCUCCACCGCACCCUGACAACCAAUCAGCACUUCUCCUCGCCCUCUAGCCUCGCCCUCCAGCAGCUCCGCCGCGUCCUAUUGGCCUUCUCCUGGCAGAACCCUGACAUUGGCUACUGCCAGGGACUCAACAGGUUGGCGGCCAUCGCUCUGCUGGUCCUUCAGAGUGAAGAAGACGCCUUCUGGUGUCUGGUGGCCGUGGUGGAAGCCAUCAUGCCUCAGGACUACUACACCAAGAACCUGGUGGCCUCUCAGGCAGACCAGUGGGUGCUGAAGGACUUCCUGGCGGAGAAGCUUCCCCGGCUGGCGGCUCACUUUGAGGAUCACAGCAUUGACGUGUCUCUCAUCACAUUCAACUGGUUCCUGGUGGUUUUUGUGGAGAGUCUGCCCAGCGACAUCCUGCUGCCGCUGUGGGACGCCUUCCUGUACGAGGGCACCAAGGUAAUCUUCAGGUACGCUCUGGCUCUCUUCAAAUACAAAGAGGACGACAUCCUGAAGAUCCACGACAGCGUGGAGAUCUACCAGUACCUGCGCUUCUUCACCAAGACCAUCACUGACGGCAGGAGGCUGACCGGCAUCGCCUUCAGCGACAUGAACCCGUUCCCCGGCCGCCUGCUGAGGAACCGGCGAGCGCUUCACCUGGAGCGCCUGCAGGGGGAGCUGCGAGAGCUGGAGGAGCAGCAGAGGCAGUUCGUCACGGAGAGCGUUGUACGUAAAGACAAAGAGCUCGACAACGUGGCCAGCGAGGACGACGAGGAACUCUGAUCUCACUAAAGGGUUAAGUUUCUGGAGCUUUUGACACACGCGGCUGCUUCUGACCUAAAUACCUAAAGCUGCUGCUCACCGGCAGCCUGUUGCACCAAGUGAACAUAAGUUCGAGCUAAGUUCAAGUAUAAAGUCAACACUAACUACGCCAUAACUAGUUUCAUACUAAACUCACCACUUCGGUCAGUUCAUUGUAUGUAUGUCAUGCAUUUACACUAUAAUGUAAUCGCCCCAUUUCCACUCAUCAUAUAUCCGUAGUGUAGAGUAUCAGAUCCAGACGAGACUUAAGACUCUUUCAUUUACACACAUACUGUAUGUGGGCUGCAUGUAAACCAGGGUCGGUCCUCCUCCAGUCCGGAAGGAGGUGCUGAUGCACCUGAAGCUGUUUGCUACAGUGCAGAAGUUCUUCUUUGUUUUGUUACCAGUUUAGUUACAACCACAGACUGUAUAUAAAGAUGGCCGACGCGUCUCCACGUCCUCCCGCUGGACUAAAUGAAGCCAAAAUAUCCGGAUACGGGAGCUGUCGUCUUGCGCUGGUGACGUCAUUUGGAGCCGCGGUAUCGAGGUCCCGCCCACACACCCGGCCGACCCAAUCGCGAGCCGGCCUCAGCUGUCAAUCAUGACGUGGAACCCCCUUUUAUAGCAUCAGAUAACGAAUUAAAACCAAACUUAUCAGAGAAACGAACACUUGAACAAACAUCAGCGUGACGAGAGCGAGCUAAACUGGCAGAAACCAUCUUUGGGGAAAAUGUAUUUACGUGAACUUUGAGUUUUUAGUUUCCCAUCCGCUAACAUGGAGGGGGCGGGGCUUAUGAGCUGUACCGCAGCCCACCACCAGGGGGCGGUCCAGAUGUUCUGGCUUCACUUUUGGGGAGCUGACGUGUCGUCCAUCUUUAUAAACAGUCUGUGGUUACAACAGUAGCAGUUUAGCUAAUGUCAGCUGUCAACUCUCCAUAAGCUAACAAGCUAACACAUGAAUGAAUCGUAUUUAUGAACUAAAAAACAAGUUUUAUCGUCUUCACGGCUCUAACUCACACGUACACUACGCUAGGCAGUGUAACACCUACACUGCAGCAGGCUGCAGGGCUGAACCUGUGUUAAACAUCUGUGUGCACACCAGUCUGAGAUGAGACUGUACACUUCUUUGUGUUAUAUUUCGUACCUGAACUGUGUCUAAACACCUGGAAUGAUGAUAAUGUAAACAGGCGGAUGAACCUUUGCAGUCUGUUUGAACGUUACUGCUGCCGUCAGUAUAAAUCUGUUAUGUUCUGCGAUCUUCAUGUCGUUUGUACAGUUUCAGUGCCGUGACUGUGGGUUGAUGUGGUUUUGUUACAGAAAUGUCGACAUUUUAAAUUUGUCUGCUUGCGUGGAGGCGUUUUUCAACCCUUUUGGGGGAAAAGUUUCCUUAAAAUAGCUUCGUUAGCAUACUGUGUUCAACAGGAAGCAAACAGGAAGUAAAGACUUCACGGAGCGAAGUUUCGCCUCAUGCUAUCAAUGCAAAUUGGACUUGACUGUUUGUGUUGAAUUAACACUGUACAAGCAGCCAAUGUGUGAUUGUACAGACGUUAACUGUAAGUUAGCUAGCAGCACAGCCCGUGUGUGUGUUUUAGACUAAUGAAGCUAACAAACUAAUCACACAGUUUAUUAGUUUUUAUUUCCCUGUCGUGCCAAACAUUUGGUCAGUCCCAUGUGCAAUUACAAGACACCGCUAUUUAUCAAAUUUAUACAAAAUCUUCUGGUAACAAAACCAAAAGAUUAAAAAAAAGACCUCAUUUUUGGUUUCCAACUAACUUAAACAGCCAAUCCAGUCUUUGUGCAUUUUCUAUGUUUAAUUAAAUCGUUUUCUGUCUUUAUCUCACUAAAAACUUUUAUUAAUCUGUUUGCUCAGUUCAGAAGUCCUUUUGCACAGAUUGACACAAAAUACCUCUGGGGUCUCUGUACGGUCAUAAAGCCUCAGGAUAAACGUGGACAUUGAUUUUAUAUGAAACUCGUCAUGUCUAAAAUCCACAACAAAUGGUAACAUUAUGGUUGAAUGUAUUGUCACAUGAUAACACUGAGCUUUUUACUAAGAGUGCACUACUGGUUAAUAUUUUGUAUUCUUGUUCAAAUCUGUCUCUCUGUUCUUGUGGUUUUUUUCAUAAAGAUUAUUUAAAGUG